AUGAGCUUGAGUCCGGUGGUCGACAAACAUGCCAAAUCUCUAUCAGCGCGUUAUGCCAGCGACUCCGAAGCGCCCGCACUUUGUCUCCCAUCUACCCCGCGACGAAACCCCGCGCUUUCAAUAGCUAGCCUCAUUACUCGUACUCGCUCCUCGAGCAUUGAUUCUCUCCCUGCCCUUUCUUCACCUACAUCUUCAUACUCUUUGUAUCCUUCCUCUCCUCUAUCCCUCACUCCCCCUGAUUCUCCAGUCAGCCUCAGCUUCCUUCCUUUCUCGCGAAAACCUGUUCUGCAGCCUAAAGCUGACGAAGGACUGUUCCUGCUGUUGGCUGCUGUAGAAUCGGUCGAGCCUGUAUCUGUUUCCUGUGGCUCUGACGUCGGCCCAUGUGACGUCCCGUCCGUUCGCACUCCCCCCGUCGCCGAGUCCGAUCCUAUAGUCAAGAUUGAAGACGAGCUGGAGACGGAUAUUACAUUUGAUUCUUCAGCGCAUGAUAACUCCAAGGACUCGGCUCUGGCAUAUUCGCCCAGCCACAACACCGGGCUGUCGAGAUCAACAGUAUCCCAGAGCCAUUACGGCGAGGGGUCCUCACAAAUUCUUCCCGAUGCGUCUUUACCUGAGGACAACGAUCAGAUCAACACCUCACUCCCUGCAAACGGGCAUGAUCCGCUUCUGGUUCUGGAUCCGUCCGAGAACGUGCUACACUCCCAGUCUGAGGCUGAUCUUAUCCAUUUGCGAUCUCCAACCACCGAAUGUACGCCGGAAAGUGAAACGCGGAUGAGCGCAGGGGCUGUCGAGAUUGAAGUUGUAGUAGAAGACCCAAAGCCACGAGAUGCCGAAUCAACGUCUGCUCCCUAUCCACCUCCAGUAUCAAACCAAAUUGAGGAACCAAACGACCCCUCUCCAUGUUCUUUAUCUCCGCACCAAGCUGAUCACUCGCGUUCCGAUUCACUCCCUGAUCCACCAUUACUGAGAUCCAAUGCGAUCCGAGGUAAUUCCAUCCCUUCACUCCCCACACCAAACCUGGUCGAGGUUCCGACAACAUCAGUAUCUGACCGCGCAAGAAAACGGAAACGCCGUACAUCAGAUCCUGAGAUCAUCGAUAUCACUUCCGAUCAUGCCAGUGUACUAUCGCCUUCGGUAACCGAUGACGAUGAUGCAGUCAACGGGCCACGUUCUACUGUCAGGCGACCUCGGAAGGGAGGUCGGAAGCGGAACAACGUACUGCCUCUGGCUUCUCUUACAGCUGAUAGUAACACGGAGGGUACGCCCUCGUACGAAGGAGAUCCUUGUGAAGGUGUCGAUAUGUGUGCAUUACUUAUCGAUGCUCUGGUCUUUGGGAGAGUAGCUUUCCAGAGUGCCUCAGAGCUCGUGAGGUGUGUGUUGCGAGACCAACCGCAUUUGCUUGAGCGACAAGAUGGCCUGAAGUGGCUUGAGAUGGCGCGGAAGGUCCUUGUGGAGAACGCAUGUUUUGGGCGGAUCGCGCGGCGAGGGAAGGAUGCAGAUGGGAACAAACUCGAGGAUACUUGGUAUUAUGAGCCAUCGAUGGAUCCCGACCAUGCGCGCGCAGAAACCCUAUCUGAGGUGGCGCCCUCCACGAAGAGGCGUAAGGCCAAAAUGGGUGAUCGCACGUAUUUUUACGCACCGAUCGAUAUGAAUCGAUGGGUUGUGGCUGCUGAGCUCGGCGAUGAUGCCUAG